UUCCCGUUUUCCUCACUUUCCUUUGAUAUUGAGAUGAGGAAGAGAAGAAGGGAGGGGGGCCUAUAUAUCACAAAGACCUUUCUUUCUUGAGCCGUUUUACACUCUGCUCCGUUUUGAGGUAUUUACAAAGUGUCUUAUUUGAAAAAUCAUUUUGAAAUAAUUUCAGAAUUAAAAAAAUGUAAAAAAAUUGGACAGAGAAUUCCCACAUUCUACUUACCUGGUUCCCCAAAUGUUAAUAUCUUAUUUAACAGAAGCAAUUAGCAAAACCAGGACACUAACAUAUACAAAUCUUAUUCAGAUUUGUCUGGUAGUCUCACCUAUUUCUUUUUUGUAGUAUAGGAUGCAAGUUAGGAUUUAGUUGCAUUUAGUUGUAGUGUCUCAUUGGAAAAAUUUACAUUUUGAGCAGUAGAGGCCCCCUUCCCCCUCCUCGCCCCCAAGACCCUUCAGAGUGGUCCUGGGAGCGCCAGGUCUCAAAUCAAAGAGUCUUUUCUUCCUGGGUGCCAGGGCCUGUUGAGAAUGUCCAGCUGGGCCUCUGGGCGGCUUUGGCACAGGAGGUCACUCUCUGUGACCAUCUGGCCCUGGCCAUUUGCUCAGCCUCUCCUUGUUCUCCCCCCUCUCAGGCCGACCUCCUUCUGCCUUUAGAUCUCUGAAGACAUCCUCCUUGGCCAUCUUCUCUUUCGGUCUGGGCUUCCUCCUUGGUGAUCUCUUGUGGUUUCUAGGAUUCUUGCAGCUUUGAGCAUUCCAUGAAUGCUCAGGAAUCUCACUCGUUUAUGACUCCAGCCCAGGUCAUUUCUCUGUCCCAGACUCGCAGAACUUGUGGCCUACCUGAUGCAUUUCUGAGUUAUCUCAAAAGCAUUUCCGGGUCAUCUCAAAAGCAUUUCCUUCUCAAUAUCUGCAGACACAGCUCAAACUUGCCCACAUGUGGUCCCCUUCUUGUGCUCCCAGCCUCUGUGAAUGGCACCACCCUACCCCAGCCACUUAGCCUGAACCCCAAGAUCAGCCCUUCUCCUACUCCUCAGUCAACUCAGACUUGUUGGUUUACUGUUUGAAUCCCCCCUGGGCCGGCCCAUUUUUCUCUGUAGGCACCACCAUCCUGCCUUCCUAUCUCCCUGUGUCUGCUUUGGUGCUCUCACUCAAUUGUUCACACCACAGUCCGAAUAAGCUUGUUGAUACAAACUUGAUUGUGUCAUGCACUGCCUGUAAUCUUUUUUAACUUCCUUUUGCUCUAGGAUAAAGACAAGUCUCCUUAACAGUGCCUUCAAGGCCCUGCAGUGCUGGUCCAGCCUCUUCUUGUACCCCUUCUUCCUUGGGUUCCCUACUCUAGCCUGACUGGCUUUGCUUUCCCCCUCAUUUGUUGUUCCCUCUCCUGGGAUUCUGUUUCCUGCCCACUUAGGGAAUUCUUACGCUUCCUGCAGAUCUCUGUCUCGUCUUUCCUUCCUUAGGGAAGCAUUCUGUGACCUCCCUGACUAGGUCUGGGUGCUGUUUUGUGGGUCCUGAUCUCUCCUCUCUUUGGUAACCCUGUUACAGUGGCAAUUUUAUACAUACAUGCUUGGCACCUAGUAGACACUUAUGAUGUUUGCCAAGUGAAUGAAGAAGUGAUGGGGUACUUAAUAUAGCUGCCCAGCAGCCUCUAUCUGGACAUCACUCCCUUUGGGAAUUUGCUUAGCCUGUAGGAAUUUGCUUGCUUACUUUUGUCCCAUUCCUCUGUUGGUUCUGUUAGGCAGGGCAGGAAGGAUGGAGGGGCACACCAGAAGGGAUGGAGGGCCUGGGGAGCAUAGCCCAAGGACCACUGAAAGGGAGAAAUGGCUUUUGCUGCCCUUCCUUUCUAGCUACUCCUUCCAUCCUGGUUGAAUCUGCUGUAUUAAUUGACUCUCCAUUGACAGACAUUUCCUAUGCAGGGUUUCAGAGACUCUUUAGGAAUAUAUUUUGGUUAGUGUCAAUCAUAUAUCAAGAGUUCUUAGUUCUAUUCUAAAUAGCUAUCUCAAAGCCAAAAAGUGAAGGUGAAAAUGAGGGCCUGCUGCAGGAUGAGGUAGAUGGGGUUCCCUGGACUGUGGCCAUUUGCUCUGCAACAUGAGUUGUUCAGUUCAGCAAAUAUUUAUUGGGUGCCUAUUGCAUGCCAGGAGCCAUGUUGUCUUCUGGGGAUACAAAGCUGAAUAAAUUCUACACCCAUCCUGCCAUCAGAGGGCAUGUUCUGGGGGUCAACAUGCAGUAAUCAAGGUGAAACCUGUGAUAGAGGAAGCCUGGGCUUGGAGAACAACAUUACGGGUCAUGGGGUGGCCUGAGCUGAGGCAGCGGCUGGUCAGGGGAAGGCUGGGGACCAGGCUGUGAGUGGCCUUGACCUUAUUUCAGGGCUUGUGGGGUUGUGACCCAGGGAGGUUCUGCUCAGGCUGUGAGGAUAGGCUAGUGUCAUAAUGACUGGUUGAGGGCUGUCACUGAAAGUUAGUGGAUGAGGGACAGCCUAGGGCACAACAGAGGAAAAGAUGAUGAGAUGAGCUGCUGAGGGUAAGAGUGACUGUGAAGUGGUAACACAGGCCUCUGACCCAAACCUGGCCAGACACGAGGAAAAAGAAUGUUUGAAUUUUGUCAGAGUCAUACUGAAGCACCCUUUAAUCAAACAUAGAAUUUUUGCAGCAAGAUGUAUGGAUAUCUACAGUAAAUAAUAUAAAUAGAGAUUAUAAAGAGCCUCAGAUCAUUUCUGACUUUACUGCCAGAGUUUGUUGCCAAAUUUUGAAAAAUCGUUCAUUUUUCACAGCAUUUUUGACUUCUGAAAAUUGUGGGUAAGGGAUUGUGGAUCUGAAAUGAUAGCUAACACUUGUAGAGCCAGGUCUGUUGUGUGUGUUUCACAUGCAUUGACUCUUGUUGUCCUCACAGCAACCGUACGAGAGUCAGUACCAUGAAGAUGCUGUUUUACAGUGGCGCAAGAUAUUUGUGUUUUGGAACACUGCAGACGAACGCCUUCUGCUUGCCACUCCCUCAUCGCUACAGACGGCGGUCUUCCCAAGGGAUGCUGAGUGGAUCAGCUUGAUAGUAUUUGCUCAUUUGUGUGCAAGUAUCCCUGUGCUUUUGUGUGUGCAUGUGUGAGUGUGCCAAAUAUGCAUUCAAAAAUAUAUAAAAUGCAUAGGAACAGUUUUUAAAGAAUUAUGAAACAACUUUGAAUAUCGUGUCAGUUUAAGAAAUAGAACCUUAUCGAAACGUUAGAAGUCCCCUGUGUGUCUGCCUUAAUUGCAUCUUUUCUCUUCAAAGGUAACCACAAUCCUGAAGUUCCUCUUAAUCAUUCUUUGCUUUUCUUUUAUAGUUUUACCGUGUGUAUGUACGUAUCUCCAGAUUAUAUGUAUAUAUUUUAGUUUUGUUUGACUUUUUGGUCCUGGUAAAAUGAAAUCACGUAGCAAGUUUUCUGAGUUUUUUUGCUCAGUAUAUUUUUGAGAUGUGUUCAGUGGUGCAUGUGGCUGAAGUUCUUCAUUCUCUUUUUCUGUUGUAUUCCACUGUAUCCUUUCUAUUGAUGGCCAUUUUGGCUGUCUCUAGUUUUUGCUACUGUAGAUAAACAGCGCUGUAGUGGAUAUUCUGGUGCCAGUCUCCUGGUACACAGGUAUAGUAGUUCUCAAAUGGUGUUGGGGAGGUAUCGAGGUGAGAGGAGGAAAGGAGACGCUUUUGGUUGUCAUAACUGGGAGGUGGGGUGCUACUGUCUCUAGUGCGUAGAGGCCAGGCAUGCUGCUAAACAUCCUGCAUUGCACAGGACAGCCUCCCCACCCCUUCCUCCAACCCUUCCACACACCAGAGAACUGUCCAGCCCCCAAAUGCCAGUGCCAAGGCUGAGGACUCUUGCUCUAGGGUAAAUACUUGGGGUGGACUGCUGGGUGGAAGGGGAGUUCAACUUGAGUAGUUACUAACGCACUGUUUCCGCUUCUUUCAGCAGUGUAUGUGGCCUCUUGCAUUACUGGUUGUCCUCUCCAGCACUUGAUGUUCCUGCCGGAUCCCCAGGUGGACGAGACUGCCUCUGCGACCCCACUUGAGCAGGGCUGGAGCUGGUCACAGGGCUGCUUCAGCGUCCACAGCUGGGACUAAGAUUGUCAGUUCAUACGCUUUGGAACUGUUGUCAGUGGAGCUCUUUGAAGUUUUGUUUGGGAUACAUUCCUCCUGAGAGAUUCUUAGACUCUGCACGUAAAGAUGACCCCAUGUUCCGAGUUCAUCAUGGCCUCACCCUCAAGCGGCCUCACUGCCAGGAGAGGUGCUGGCUCAAAGCUGAAGUCCACGAAGCUGCUUGAGGUUCUGCAUGCCCUGGAGGAGGAAGAGUCUGGCCACAGCAAGGAGGUCUUCAUUGCACCGCCCGACAAUGCUGCAGGUGACUUCACUGAUGAGGACUCCGGUGAUGAAGAUGGCCGGCAAGGGGCCCACCUUCCUGGCACUGUGCUGCAUGCCUCCAUUGUGCCUGAGGACUCCAGCACUGGGGAGGAGGAUGAUGACCUGCAGCUGCAGCCAGCCACAAAGAGGUGGAAAGCAGUAGAGGAACCUCAGCGUGUUUGGACCAAAAGAGAUAUCCGACCAGACUUCAGCAGUUGGACAGCGUCAGAUCCUCAUAUGGAGGAUCUCAAAAGCCAAGAACUGAGUCCUGUAGGCCUCUUUGAAUUGUUUUUUGAUGAAGGAACAAUUACUUUCAUUGUUAAUGAAAGCAAUCGUUACGCUUGGCAGAAAAACGUCAACCUGGGUCUCACAGCCCAGGAAUUGAAGUGUGUUUUGGGCAUUUUGAUUUUAAGUGGGUAUAUCUCCUAUCCACGGAGAAGGAUGUUUUGGGAAACAUCUCCUGAUUCACAUCAUCAUCUUGUGGCUGAUGCAAUUAGAAGGGACAGAUUUGAACUGAUCUUCUCAUACCUGCAUUUUGCAGAUAACAACAAGCUGGAUGAAAGUGAUAGGUUUGCCAAGGUCAGGCCUCUCAUUGUCCGGAUGAACUGCAAUUUCCAGAAGCACGCACCCUUGGAAGAGUGCUACAGCUUUGGUGAGUCCAUGUGUGAGUACUUUGGACACCGGGGGUCCAAGCAGCUGCCUGUGGGGAAGGCUUUGCGCCUGGGCUAUAAGAUCUGGUGUGGUACGACCAGCAGGGGAUAUUUGGUAUGGUUCGAGCCCUCGCAGGGCACGCUGUUCACUAAGCCAGACAGGGGCCUGGACCUAGGAGGCAGUAUGGUGGUAAAAUUUGUGGAUGCACUUCAGGAGCGCGGCUGUCUGCCGUACCACAUAUUUUUUGACAAGGUUUUUACAAGUGUCAAACUGAUGUCCAUUUUGAGGAAAAAAGGGGUGAAGGCCACAGGAACUGUUUGUGAGUACAGGACUGAGCAGUGUCCCCUCAAAGAUCCCAAAGAACUGAAGAAAAUGAAGAGGGGUUCAUUUGAUUACAAAGUUGACGAGAGAGAGGAGAUCAUUGUGUGCCGCUGGCAUGAUAGCAGUGUGGUCAAUAUCUGCUCCAAUGCCGUAGGCAUAGAGCCGGUGGGGCUGGCCAGUCAUCACUCAGGAGCUGCCAAAACGCGGACCCAGGUCCAUCAGCCAUCCCUGGUGAGACUAUACCAGGAGAAGGUGGGGGGUGUUGGCCGGAUGGACCAGAACAUCGCGAAGUACAAGGUGAAGAUUCGCGGCAUGAAGUGGUACUCGAGCUUCAUUGGCUACGUCAUCGACGCUGCCAUUAACAACGCAUGGCAGCUGCACAGGAUCUGCUGCCACGAUGCCCAGGUGGACCUUCUGGCCUUCCGGAGAUAUGUGGCCUGUGUGUACCUGGAGAGCAAUGCUGACACGUCGUCCCAAGGGAGGCGAAGCAGGCGGCUGGAAACCGAGAGUCGCUUUGACAUGAUUGGGCACUGGAUCAUCCACCAAGACAAGAGGACUCGGUGUGCCCUCUGCCACUCACAAACCAACACCCGCUGUGAGAAGUGCCAGAAGGGUGUCCACGCCAAGUGCUUCAGGGAGUACCACAUCCGGUGAUACCCAAUGGGCAGAGUGAGCUCUGUGGAUGUUUGGUUUAUAAUGAGAUGUUUACAGCUAAUUACAUAUAGUAGUUGGAGCACUGGAGUUUUGUUCGUGUUGGAAAAAAGAAACCUGAAGCCCUGAUGAUUUGGUUUUGUAUUUUCUCCCCACCUCCAUUACAGUUAUCUUUUUAUUGUCUUCUUUUAUGACAAAUUAAUAUGUUAGUAUUUAUAUUAGUAAUGGUAACUAUUUGUAAAUCUGUGUUUUAUUCCGUUAUUUAUUUCAACUUAUGGGCACCUUUUUAUUCAAAUAAAAAUCUUGCUUUGGGUUAUAGCUGAGUCCUAGUAAGGAUAAUGAAAUGUAACCAGAAAUUUUAGAGAAACUUUCAUGAACAGUAAAAAGGUUUUACAGUUGUAUUUUAUCAAUUAUAAUCUAAGAUAUAGGCAAUAGUAUAUGAAUAUUGUAUCCGUAUGAUGAAGGAUAUCUUAAUCAUUUAUUUCACUUUAAUCCAAUGCUAGCAAAUUGUCCAGGGAUAGAUAACCUGCCUUGUGUUUAUCCAGACAACUAGAUUUGUAGAGUUUGUAUUUUCUUGAUAAAAAUAUUUUCCUAAUA